AUGUGGAAGCUAACAUCGCCAUGUACGUUGAAGAAACUUUUAAGUAAACAAUCUAACCAGAAAGUGUUACUAAAAAUGGCGAAGCAGUUCAAAUUCGUACUGUCUUAUAUAAUCGUUCUUUUUGCCAUCGUUCUCAUGGUUGCCACUACGGCCGAUGCCUAUGAUUGUGCAUCUGGAGUAUUCAGUGGUCCAUGCUGGGCUUGGGAUGGAGAGCAGUGUCGACGUAUCUGCAGGGAAGAAGGAAGAGUCAGCGGACAUUGCAGUGCUAGCCUGAAGUGUUGGUGCGAAGGAUGCUAAGACAGCUCCCCUCUGAAAGUGCUUUUAUAACUUGACAUUCAUCAUGUGUACUUUAUACAUUUUGUAUCGCACUUUCAAAUAAAUAAAAAAUAUAUAUAUCAAGGAA